AGCAAGCCCUCUCUCUCCAGCGGCGCAGUCCUGCCUUGACUCAGGCUCCGCUGCUUGGAGCUCGCCCGCCUGCAGGACCACAUUGCAAGGCUGAGUACUCUCCCGCACCUCGUCGCCUGGGAACUCUCUCCUGUGGAAUCUCAGAAAAUCAAAUCCCUCCUGUGACUAUUACACACAGAAUUUCUUUAGAAGCUGUGCUUGAGUGAUCAGCUUCUAAUCCACAACCCUCAGCUAUCCACAUUAACACGUGGAUGCAGAAAAUUUCUGACUUAUCAAGUUCUGAUACUUGAGACAAGACCACACUUAACAACUGACCACUGUUCUUGGGGCAAAUGAAGAAAGCAGAAUACUAACAACACCACGUUGAAUUCACACCUCUACCUGAGCUACUUGGCUGCUGCCCAAAACAGAGGCCCUGUUCCAUGCGUCUUUAAAAACCCAUAUAGGGGGCAGUGGGUCAUGAACCUUGUAAUUAAGAAGUUAUUGAAGACAAUGUCGAGUGUGGGCCAGGAGAAGAUGUGAUUAGAGUCUGGAGACGGCCCUGCGUUUUGAACAUACAGCAAAUUUCAUUUGGACUCUAAGGAUGGAGAAAAAGCAUAUACUAUAUUUUGUGUUUCUCUUGCCUGUUAGUAUGACUCUUGUCAUGGCACAGGCAGAAGAAGAAGGCUUUAACCAAACGGGGCUGGGAGUCACUAGAAACAAGAUCAUGACGGCUCAAUAUGAAUGCUACCAAAAGAUUAUGCAAGAUCCUAUUCAACAGGCAGAAGGCCUUUACUGCAACAGAACCUGGGAUGGCUGGCUGUGCUGGAAUGACGUGGCGGCAGGAACCGAGUCCAUGCAGUACUGCCCUGACUACUUUCAGGACUUCGAUCCUUCAGAAAAGGUUACAAAGAUCUGUGACCAAGAUGGAAACUGGUUUAGACAUCCGGAUAGUAACAGAACAUGGACAAAUUACACUCUGUGUAACAACAGCACGCAUGAAAAAGUGAAGACUGCACUGAAUUUAUUCUACCUAACUAUAAUUGGACAUGGAUUAUCUAUUGCAUCCCUGCUCAUCUCUCUCAUCAUAUUUUUUUAUUUCAAGAGCUUAAGCUGCCAGCGGAUCACCUUGCAUAAGAACCUGUUCUUUUCAUUCGUGUGUAACUCGAUUGUGACGAUCAUCCACCUCACUGCAGUGGCCAACAACCAGGCCUUGGUGGCCACAAAUCCUGUGAGCUGUAAAGUGUCUCAGUUCAUCCAUCUCUACCUGAUGGGCUGUAACUACUUCUGGAUGCUCUGUGAAGGCAUUUACCUGCACACGCUCAUCGUGGUGGCCGUGUUUGCAGAGAAGCAGCACUUGAUGUGGUAUUACUUUCUUGGCUGGGGGUUUCCGCUGCUCCCCGCCUGCAUCCACGCCAUGGCCAGAAGCAUGUAUUACAAUGACAAUUGCUGGAUCAGCUCAGACACCCACCUCCUCUACAUCAUCCACGGACCAAUCUGUGCUGCUCUACUGGUCAAUCUCUUUUUCCUAUUAAAUAUUGUACGCGUUCUCAUCACCAAGUUGAAAGUUACUCACCAAGCGGAGUCCAAUCUUUACAUGAAAGCCGUGAGAGCUACCCUCAUCUUGGUCCCGCUCCUUGGCAUUGAAUUUGUGCUCAUUCCCUGGAGGCCUGAAGGAAAGGUUGCCGAGGAGGUGUAUGACUAUGUCAUGCACAUCCUGAUGCACUAUCAGGGUCUUCUGGUGUCUACAAUUUUCUGCUUUUUUAAUGGAGAGGUUCAAGCAAUUCUGCGAAGAAAUUGGAACCAAUAUAAAAUUCAAUUUGGAAACAGCUUUUCCCACUCUGAAGCUCUCCGCAGCGCAUCCUACACGGUGUCUACCAUCAGUGAUGUCCAAGGGUACAGUCACGACUGCCCCACUGAACACUUAAAUGGAAAAAGCAUCCAGGAGUUUGAAAAUGUUGCCUUAAAGCCGGAAAAAAUGUAUGACCUAGUCAUGUGAUCGUAGAGAGCUCUCACCUGUUUCCUGCCACUCGAACCUAUGAUUUUAUAGCCGGAAGAUUUAACAGCGAAUGGAUUUCUUGAAUGCCACAAAGAAAGCCCUCAAAUGAAAUGAGACUUGUGUUGAUAAGUGUCCAACCCUCUCUCUAUGGGGGAAGAGCCUCAACUGAUAGUCUUGGCCAGUAAAUGCUCCCACUGGGCUGGUUUCGAGUAACCAACCUGUUAACUGUGGAACUGGAAAGAAGCUAAACACAAUCACAUCUUGGGAGCUGCCAGGCUUUGGAACCCGCACAGCACUGCACGCACGCACAAAUGGGUGACCGCACCUUCACACCCGCGCUGACCAGAGAGCUCUGCGCUUAUCACCCGAGGAGACCUGUGGUCAUCUGUUGGAAGUGAACGGUUUUCCCAGAGGAGACUCCAGCCAUCUUUAUGAUGUCUCCGGUGGACUAGAUGGAGUUUGUUAUCUCUGUCAUCUCAUGUUCUUCUCUUUAGGGAAAGCAGCUGAGCAGAAUGCCUAUGGGUUUCUCAGUUGCUGCUACAGACAGUUCUAUCCUGUGGCAUAUCCAGUCUGACACUUGGUGAGCAAAAGCUAGAAUUUACAGUCUUUCUGAAUCACUAGGGAGACGCAUUGGUGGAAGCUGCAAACCCCUGUCAGCUACUUUCAAAAAAAACCUUAGUGCAGGCCUCGGAGGAGAUCAGUUUCCUGAAUCAGCACAUAGAAACCUUGGCCUUUCCAUUUCUACUGUGUAGACAAGUGAUCACUCAUUUUACGUGAAGGGAAUCAAUGAAGGAUUUCUUUUUAUCUUCUAAAUCUGAGGGAGAGAGAGAGAAAGGGAGAGAGAUUGAUUUUGUGCAAAUGAACCUGUAAAUACUUUGUCAUUUUAUUUUAUUGUUUCAAUUCUAAACAGAACCUCGGUAACUUUGAAAGCAAUUAGAUAAUGAAGCAUUAUAUGCAACUUAGUAUCUGAGGCUGUAUCUGGGCUGAUUUUAUGGUAGAGUCCUGAAGUCUAUAUUUGGUAAAUAUUUUAAGGACAACCAGAUACCAGCAUCAGAAGACUGAGAACUAAUAACAAACCCUAGAAAUACCAGUGGUUAAAUAUGAAAUAUUUAUAUAACAAUGCAAAGCCAUAACUUUACAAACACAUUAUCUUUGGUGUGCUGACAUAUUUCUUCAAUUUUGAUGACGACUCAAUGAAAUCAGGAAAUUUUUAACACCUACAGCAAGAAAAACUAGUCUGCUACACGAGCAGGCUUUAAUUCACUAAAAUAUCCUUUACUGACUUUUACUAAACGAAGCUAUCUAGUUUUGAAAAAGACCCAGGUUAUUUUUUUAAAUGAACCAUAGAGGAAUUUUAUCUAUAUAACAUACACUGUUUCAGUAUUUCAGUAGACUACUGUAGGUGAUAGAUAACACAAGCCAGGGAAAGCCUUAAACUUAGCAUGGAGAAGAAACUAUCGGGUGUUUAAUAAUUAAAUUAAGACAGAAGAAAGCCUUGUUCCUGAGGUAAAGAGACAUCUAAAUGGAUUCAGUUCUUCUAAUAUUGCUUUGUUCUGGACUUUCUGAAGGACAAGAUUGAUUUCAGUUAGUAAAAGUCAGUUUGGGGAAAGUCAGGUAUGUGUUUUUUGAAGUAUGUCAAUCAGGUUACAACGGACGAAUCAGAAGUAGUGACUCAAGCUGCAAGAGUUGUUUAGCAUCGUCAAGGAAAGUAAUUCGGAUUGUCAAGAACUGACACAGUAGAUGAUCUGGUAUAAAUAUUUGUAAUUUAUACAGGCGAAGGUGUAACUAAGGUGGGUUCAGUUUUGUGGAUUUCAUAGCAAGCCUUCAUCAGGAGGGAAUGCAGAUGGUUCUGGACUCUCAGCUGACAAAACUGCACAAAACUUCCUUUUACCACUCUCAGAUUUUAGCUAUUUAUUAUUCAGAGGUCUAGAUUCCUAUCCUUGCUGACAGUGUUCACGUGGCUCUGCAUUCUCCUCCCCAACUGUCAAGUAUUAGCCGUAAACGAUAGCACAGAAUGCUGUUACCAGAGAGCGUGUUUAAAAGGUGGUGUAUGUUUCCGUUGUAUUAUUCUUUUACCGUAUUGAGUGUAGCUGAGAUUUCCUUACUGCCAACAUCGUCUGCCGAGUGAUCCUCAGCCGCGCUGGUCUGAGGUUUGUCAGCUUUAGUUUUGUGAUGAUAGUUGGAACUAGGCUUGUAAAGCUGAAGUGCCAAUGAAAACUUUCUGUAUUGCUUGUAGACAACAAAAACCUGACAGUUUUGAAGGGAAACUUCUCUGGUGCCUAAAAACUAAUUUAGAGAAUUUCUGGUAUUUUAAAAGUUAGAUCUAUAUCGUUUUUCUACAGUUGUUUCUUAUAGUCAUGGCUGACCUUUUUAGAAGUGACUUUGUAUUUUUUAUUGCUAAGCCAUUCAUCCUGGAGUUUAACGUUUGUUCGAAUAUAGCAAACUGUGUAGAAUUUAGCAGAACUCGCAGUGUUCUCACUGCUUAGAUAGUUUAAUGUGAACAUUUUAAUUUCCUUUGUGUUUUAAUGUACUCACAGAAACAUUACCUGUAAAGCAUAUCCAAGAUGUUCCAGUCACUUAAAAGAACGUAUGUUUUGUCUAUUUAAAAAUCUCUUGUUUAGAUCUUAUGAGAAUGUUAAAGCUAACAUUGAUGCUCACUCAUCUCCUCUGAGGAACAAAAUAACUGAACCUCUCACAAAGUUCUUGCCACAAUUGAGGUAUUUUGCAAAAUAAAAGAUGACGCCUUCAGCCUUUUCUUUAAAGACUUCAAUAAACUAGUAAGUGUAUUUAAUAAAUUAAUUAAAAAGAUAUGAAUUUGUUUUCAUGCUAAAACUACUACAUGCACAGGUUUUUACACUGUGAGAAAAGGAAAAUUCUCUUACAGAGGAACACGCUUAGGGAAUCAUCUUCCUUUCUGCACUGUAUUUCAAAGUGUGGGUUUCUGUUAAAUAUUAGAAAUAAGAAGAAUGAAAGUUUUUCUCAAAAGAAAACACGGUCAUAACCUCAUACAAAUAAAAACUUAAAUGUGUCAAAGAUUUUGUUUAACUCAAUAACUGAUGUUGGAAAGAGUAAUAUGCCAAAGGAGAAUUUAAAAUACCAUAUAUGCUUGAGAAUAUAAAAAUACAAGUAAAUAUACAAAAUGUUUGUAUUUAAGAAUACUAAUCAAGUAUACAUAUUGGUAAAAGUAGGCAAAAUAGUCAAUACAUUUAGACCACACACCCAGGAGAGACAGACAUUAAAAUAAUGUACUAGUAUUGAUACAGAGUUAAAAUAUAACAUAAGGCUUACAUAAGAACAAAGUGCUUACAUUUAACAUAACUAAUCCCUAUGACAUUUUGAACUAUUCAGUGGCAAAAUGCUAAAAUACAAUAGAGCCAACUAGACAGAUCAUAUUACCUCUUAAAUUAAUCAUUCAUAAACAACAAGGCUCCGAGUGAGAUCCUAAUAACAAAUGCCAAUACACACAGAAAGUGGAGUCAGCAUUGUUUACAGCUGAGGUUAUGUUAUUACAUUAUGAAACAAACCUAAGUCUACCAAGUGUUCCAAGCAUAUACUACUCCAGAAGCACACAGGGAAUAGUAUAGUACGAAAUGGAAUUCCUCCAGACGGCGUUUACCGUUGGCACGGUGUCUGACAAUCUGUUCCAGCUUACUUUUUAACUAAAGGAUGUAGCGAGCACACACAACGGUAGGUUUAAUUUUCAGAUACAGUGGAUUCUCCUCCCCCAUACUCUUACCCACGUUCCCGCCCCGCCCCACCCCCUGUGCCCUUCCGUCCCCCCAGUGCUAUUGCCACCCUUCCUGGACAUGUUUUCUCCUCUCCCGACCUCCUUGUUAAGUUUGUAACUUACAGACUUACACCCACGCUCACCUCUGUUUAUGCACACACACGUAGGCAUUAAAAGCUAAGGUUUGUGUAUAGGAGAGGGUCUGUGGUUUUGUCAAUGAAUCUUGGUUACUGACUCAGUGUAAUGCGUCUAGGUCCAUCAGUUAUUUCCGGGUUCAUCAACCUCCUUUCAUUAUUUUGCUUUUCUUUAUAGCAGAAUAAAAUUCAGUUGUGCAUA